AUUUUGUGUCAUUUCUUUAGGUUAAUUUUCAACAAAUUUCCUCUUAUCUGGGCCAACAAGAGUUGGAAGGAAAACGAGUGCCACGGAUGGUUUCUGGAAAGACAUUGCCCUGUUUUCCACCAUGGGAUUUUGCUUCUAGGGCAGGAGGCUAUGUCAGUGAUCGAUUUCUUUCUGGACUUCGUCCCCAGGAGUACUACUUUCAUUGCAUGGCUGGUCGUGAAGGAUUAGUUGAUACUGCUGUCAAAACAUCUCGCAGUGGAUAUCUACAAAGGUGCUUGAUAAAAAAUCUGGAAUCUCUUAAAGUCUGUUAUGAUUAUACUGUCCGUGAUGCAGAUGGUUCAAUUAUCCAAUUUUAUUAUGGAGAAGACGGUGUUGAUGUACAUCGAACAAGUUUUCUCAAAAACUUCAAAGCACUGAAAGAUAAUCAAGAAACUAUUUGCCAAAAGUUGCGGCAAGGACGGAAGCUCAAUUCCUAUAUUGAAAGGUUGCCUGAUGGCCUGGAAGAAAAAGUGAAGCAAUUCUGGGGUAAAAAAGCAAAAAAGUUAGAGAAGAAACUAGAGAAGCGAGUGAAGAAGGAAGAGAUAUCGAAGCAACUGAAAAAGGAGGAGGUGGACUUUCUAGAAUUAGUGGGACAAAAAUACUUCUCAAGUUUGGCAGAUUCAGGAGAGCCAGUUGGUGUCCUUGCUGGUCAGUCUGUAGGUGAACCGUCAACCCAGAUGACACUGAACACUUUUCAUCUUGCCGGCCGUGGAGAAAUGAAUGUCACUCUUGGAAUUCCACGUCUUCAGGAGAUUCUGAUGACUGCCUCUGAUGCUAUUAAGACUCCCAUCAUGACAUGCCCCUUCCUUGGCUGGAAAUCAAAGGAUGAUGCCCAGUCUCUUUUGGCCGAAGUGAAGAAGAUCACUGUCGCUGAUAUGAUUGAGAGUAUGGAAGUUAAUCUUUUGCCACUGUCAAUAUACAACCAUCAAGUUUCUCAACUUUACAAGCUCACAGUUAAGCUCAAAGAGCACGAGUUUGUGUCAUCAGAAGAUUGUGAUUAUACCCUAAAAUAUGUGUUCUUAAGGGAGUUGGAGGAUGCAAUAGAAAGUCAUUUGGCCUUGCUCUCUAAAAUUAAUGGUAUAAAGAACUUCAAGUCAAGCUCAGAUUCAGUGGCUUCACAUGAGACUGAAGAAAAUGCUUCCAGCACCAGACAUGAAGAAGAGAUGUUGGAUGAUGAUGAUGAAGCUGAGGACGAAAGAACUGAAGAAGAUCUUAGUUCAGAUGCACAAAAAAGAAAACAGCAAACCACUGAUGAGAUGGAUUAUGAUGAUGGUCCUGAAGAUGAAGCUAGUGAAGCUGAGACCACUGCUGAAGUUGAAGAUGAGAAAAGUGACCAAACACACGAGAUUGGAAAUGGGGAUGAAGAGGAAACUGGAGACCAUGGCAAUGAAGAGCAAACGACUAAAUUGCACUCUGAGGAAUCAAAUAUCAAAACAGCUAAGUCAAAGACCAAAACAACUGUCCAACAGAAGAAAAAGAAGGAAACACGUAGCAAAAAGGAUUCAGACAGGUCUGUCUUUAUUGCUGUGGAGGGAUUGCAUUUUGAGGUCCACUUUAGAUUCGUCAAUGAACCUCAUAUCUUGUUAGCUCAGGUUGCCCAAAAGACUGCAAAGAAAGUAUAUAUUAAGAACGCCGGUAAAAUCGAGCAAUGCAGAAUGGUCAAGUAUGAUGUUAGUGAAAAUACUGUGAUGUGGGAUGUAAAGCAAAUAAAGAAUCAAAGCCAAGACACUGAUUCUGCUUAUUGGGCCCUGAAGGCAGCUGGAGUAGAUUUUGGUACCUUUUGGGAAAUGCAAGAUGACAUUGAUGUUAAUCGAAUAUACACAAAUAAUAUUCGCUCUAUGCUGAAUACUUAUGGCGUUGAAGCUGCUCGGGCAGCAAUCAUACGAGAGGUUAAGACUGUUUUUGGAAUAUAUGGGGUUGAGAUUGAUUUCCGGCAUUUGAGCCUAAUAGCUGACUACAUGACUCAUACGGGUGGAUACCAGCCAAUGAGCAGACAUGGAAGCAUAUCCGAGUCUUUGUCACCGUUCCUUAAGAUGUCUUUUGAAACGGCAUCAAAAUUCAUAGUUGAAGCAGCAUCUCAUGGUUUGACUGACAACUUGGAGACACCAUCCUCCAGAAUUUGCCUAGGGUUGCCGGUGAAAAUGGGUACCGGUUGUUUUGACAUAAUGCAGAAGCUAGAUAUUUGAUGUAAUAACCAUAUGAUAUUAUUAUUCGCUGAGUUUUCAAUAUAAUUAUUUAUUAGUGAUUUUCA